AUGGGCCCCUGUACCGCCUCCUCAUGCUGCUGCCAGGCCCGUAAUCUGCCAUAGGCCCCCGUACCAACUCCUCAUGCUGCUGCCAGGCCCGUAAGCUGUCAUGGGCCCCUGUACCACCUCCUCAUGCUGCUGCCAGGUCCAGAGUGUGUCAUGGGUCCCUGUACGGCCUCCCAUUGCUGCUGUCUCCAUCGCCACACUCUGCCAUGUGCCACUUUCCCAGGUCUCCUCACACUGCUGGUGGUUUCCUUCCAUUUUUGUCAUAGGGUGCUGUAUGGCCCUCCCAUUGCUGCUGUCUCCACCGCCACACUGUGGCUCACACUCUGGUUUUGGCCCCGUGACUGCCCAAAUGAGUGAAGUGUGCGGUGAUUCUAAGAUCGACGGCACUCAUCUGCAUGUCAUACUGACUGUCAGUAUUAUUUCUCUUCCCCAGCAGACACCAAGGGCAUUUAAAUUCAAGGUACAGUGUUCUGCACUAAUAUAA